GGGUACUCUUACGCCCGUUUUGCUCUUUCUACUGGGACCGGUUCCGUGAGGGUUGGUCCUUCUGCGUGGGACGGUGCACGCUGCCCGUUUUAGCUGGAGAACCUCCAACAAAGCAAUCCUGUGACCUCUGCUUCCAAAACAGACUUCUCAAUCACAUUAUUUUGAUCAGAAAAUGUCAUCUGCUCUGGAAUCUCUUUUUGAACAUGUGGACAAACAUCAAGACCUUUAUGUGGAGCGACUAGCUCAGUGGGUUGCGAUACAGAGCGUGUCAGCGUGGCCGGAGAAGAGAGGAGAAAUCAAGCGGAUGAUGGAAGUUGCUGCAAAGGACAUUGAACGGCUUGGGGGCACAACUGAACUGAUAGAUAUCGGAACACAGACGUUGCCUGAUGGUUCUAAAAUUCCUCUACCUCCAAUAAUUCUGGGCAAACUUGGCUCCGAUCCUAGCAAAAAAACUGUUUGUGUCUAUGGCCAUUUGGAUGUGCAGCCUGCAGCAUUAGAGGAUGGCUGGGACAGUGAACCGUUUACCUUGAUAGAAAGAGAAGGGAAGUUGUAUGGCCGAGGAUCGACAGAUGACAAAGGCCCAGUGCUAGCCUGGCUGAAUGCUCUUGAGGCCUACCAACAAACCAAACAGGAAAUCCCAGUCAAUGUCAAGUUUUGCUUGGAAGGUAUGGAGGAAUCUGGCUCUGAAGGCCUUGAUGAAUUGAUUUUUGCACAAAAAGAUACUUUCUUCAAAGAUGUAGACUAUGUGUGUAUCUCUGAUAACUACUGGCUGGGCAAGAAGAAGCCCUGCAUCACCUAUGGCCUCAGGGGCAUCUGCUAUUACUUCAUUGAGGUGGAAUGCAGUAACAAAGAUCUUCAUUCUGGCGUAUAUGGCGGUUCAGUCCAUGAAGCAAUGACAGAUCUUAUUGCUUUAAUGGGCUCCUUAGUGGAUAAGAAAGGAAAAAUCCUCAUCCCUGGCAUUUAUGAGGCAGUGGCACAUCUCACGGAUGAGGAACAGCAGCUUUACGACAAAAUUGACUUUGACUUAAGCGAGUAUGCAAAAGAUGUUGGAGCCACACGGCUGCUGCAUGACACAAAGAAAGGGGUUUUGAUGCAUAGAUGGCGAUACCCAUCCUUAUCCCUUCAUGGAAUAGAAGGGGCUUUCUCUGGAUCUGGUGCUAAAACUGUGAUCCCACGAAAAGUGACUGGCAAAUUUUCAAUCCGACUGGUGCCAGACAUGACUCCAGAAGUUGUGACUAAGCAGGUUGAAGAUUACUUGUCCAAAACGUUUGCUGAGUUGCACAGCCCCAACAAAUUCAAAGUAAAGCUGGGCCAUGGUGGAAAACCUUGGGUGUCAGAUUUCAAUCAUCCCCACUACAUGGCUGGCAGAAGAGCCAUGAAGACAGUAUUUGGUGUGGAGCCAGACCUGACCAGAGAAGGAGGGAGCAUUCCUGUCACGCUGACCUUUCAAGAAGCAACAGGCAAGAAUGUGAUGCUGCUUCCUGUUGGGUCUGCUGAUGAUGGAGCCCAUUCUCAGAAUGAGAAACUCAACAGGUACAACUAUAUUCAGGGAGUGAAGCUUCUGGGUGCUUAUCUCUAUGAAGUUGCCAAGUUGAAGAACUGAAUCUGAAUCAUUUUUGCAAAUUGUGCUUUGGGAUCUGAAAAUUCAUCAAAGUACAUUACUGCAAUCUUGAAAAGUGCACUAUUUUGUUCCUUCUUCUCCUAGUCUAACUGAUGUUGAUAUGCCUGGCAGAAUAUUUUGGAACUCAGUGUAGAGCAUUUUAUACAAACGUGAUAGUUGCUGCUGAUUUUUUUUUUCUUUUUUCAAAAAUCAUGUGCUCUAUUCCAGGCAUUAUUACAAUACAGCAACUCUCUAAUUUACUUGCCUUCCCUUCCAAACAAAGAAGAAUCUGUGGAAAACUUUUAAUGAUCCUGUAAUCUAAGCUAAGAAAGCAGCAGCAAGUGGUCAGUAAUGUCUCACGUUGACUUGCCCCCAAAACAGGAUCUGAGCCCAAUUCUUUGAUCUUAGAGGAGGAAAAUAACAGCUGUCUUUCUUAAACUUGCAAAAACAACAAAGCCAUUCUAGAAGGAUCCAAAAGGAUUGGAAAUAUAGAGAUGGGUGGUAAAAGAGUAAAAAGGACCCCCUUUCUUCUGGUUGGACUCGUGGCUGCUUAUUUGCAGGUUUUUCCAGAUACUUAUGUUUGUUAGCAAUCUGUGCAGACAUCUCAUGAUAAUAACAAAUUGGUAUUUUUCUACAGCAUUCUUUGUACUCCAUGUGGAAAAGCUGCUAAAUAAAUUCAACUUUGCUUUAUCAA